CAGGUUUAUGUUGUCAAUCUUUGGGAAGUUCCAAAUAGGUUCAACGGGAAGGAGAUAAAUGUCAUAGAUAUGGUUCUUUAAGAUAGUCAGGGUGGUAGGAUCCAAGCAUCAAUUCCAAAAUCCUUGGUCAAACGGUGGAGAGGACAACAGUUCAGCCGGUUGCUUAACCAAGCUAUCUUUUUUCAAGUUUUUUGCUUUAAACUUAUCCCAGAGUUGCUGGCUGCUGACAAGAUUGACAAUUUUAUGGUAAUAGGUGUCAUAGGAGAAGUGAUUGCUAAGGAGGACCCAAGAGAAUUAAUAACUAGAAAAGGAAAGGAGACUAAAUGAUUGGAUGUGAUUAUUGAGGAUCUCGAUAUUGGGUGUGUGUUCUUUGGAGAAAUGGUAGACCAAAUACUUUCAUAUCUUGAAGAAGGGAGGGUUGAGCCAUUAAUAGUCAUAGCACCGUUUUUCAAACCCAGCAGAUGGAAUGAUAAGACAUCCGUGCAGAGUCACUUCGGCUAUUCCAAUUUACGUAUCAACCCCGACCUAGAGGAGGUCAACGAAUUUCGUAACAGGAGGCUUUCUGAAAAACCUUCAAAUUCAACGAGGAUUACUCAAGUUUCAUCGCAUGAUCCGCGUUCCGAUGUAGACAAACUAAAACAUGCAGAUGUCGAGGUCAAAACCAUAGAAGAAGCUCUAAGCUCUACAUAGGUGAAGACACUCCAUACUACAACCAAUGUUAUAAAACCUCAUGACUUGAUAAUAUUUUGUUUUGGUUUACUUGUUUUGCAGGAAGGACCUAUCUGGAUUGUUGGAACUAUUGUUUCAAUUAAUGCUGAAAAAGACAAUUGGUUUUAUAAAUCAUGUCAGAAGUGUCCAAAGAAGUUGAAACUCCAAUUGGGGAUAGAUAUGAGUGUGGCAAAUGUGGCCACACUCACGAAAGUGCAUCACUUAGGUUCAAGGUCGAGGUGAUGGUGUACGAUGGAACAGGAAGCAUCUUGUUGUUUAUGAAGGAUAGAGAAACGAUACAAUUAUGUGGGAGGCAAGCUGACCAGAUCAAGGAUGAGGAGUGUACUGAUGGGAAAGGUUACCCUCCAACAUUGGAUUGCAUGAUGGACAGAAGGUUACUCUUCAAAGUAAAUGUCAAAGCGUCAAAUAUUAGGCACUAUGACCAGGAGACCGAUUAUAGUGACUCGCUUGAUGUCUUUGCAGCUGCGGUUAACCUGCACAAUGAUACUGAAUUUAUGCUUUCUGUGGAUGGUUUGGAAGACAAUGUCACAAGUCUCAAAUCCAAAACCCCAGCAAAAAGAGCUCUCAUAGGACUAAAGCACAAACUGGCUAUUAAUCUUGACAAAGAAGAUGUGGGAUUUUCCACAAACAAGUUUAGCCAAAAAGAAGGGAAGAGGCAAAAGAUGCAAUCUCAUGAAAGUUAUAAAUGAACUUAGUACCCUAAUCAGUAUAUUUUGUGAUUUCUAUUGGUGUUUUUAUUUUAAGCAUAGUAUCCUAAGUAGUAUUCUUGGAGUUAGCUUGAAAAUCUUUUCAGAAAGUGUUUUGUUGGGUUUCUACAAGUAUGAGGAAUGAGUUAGUAUUACAUAUAUUUGGAACAACUUGGAAAUCUUUUGGAAAGGUGUUUUCUUGGGUUUCUACAAGUAGGAGAAAUGAGUUAGUAUGAAAUAUAUUUGGAAAUGUUAAGUUGAU